CAGGAAUGGAUUUAUCGUUAUUUAUUUAAUGCUGAACGAUUUUUCGUUGAUAUAGAGAUUAGAUAGAGUGAAAGAUAUUGAAUUAUAAUGCCCCGACCGUCGCGAGAUACUUAUGGAGACCAGAAACCACCGUAUUCUUAUAUAUCUCUCACGGCAAUGGCGAUUUGGUCGUCGAGAGACAAAAUGCUGCCGCUGGCGGAAAUAUAUAAAUUCAUUGCCGAUAGAUUUCCGUAUUACCGGAAAGACACUAGGAGGUGGCAGAAUUCGUUGCGGCAUAACUUGUCCUUCAACGAUUGCUUCAUCAAGGUACCACGAGGUCCCCACCGUCCGGGAAAAGGUGCCUACUGGGCGCUCCACCCCGCCGCCCUAUCGAUGUUCGAGAACGGCUCCCUCCUGCGUCGUCGCAAGCGCUUCAAGCUCCACAAACCCGACAAAGAGCUCCUGAAAUCCGAGCUGCAGGCGCUGGCCUCAUCGAUGCCACCCCCGCACUCCGAGCCCUCAGGUUCGUCCCCAGUGACAAACUCCACCGGAAGCCUGAACGCAGCAAACCUCCACCGACUCCGCGAGGACCUCCUUCGAUGGGAGAUGCAGGAGAGGCGGAUGAUGGUGGCCUCCACCUCAGCUUCCAGCGGUUUCGGCCUGGAGACCACUCAGGAGACCCCACCCAGCUACUAUCUCCUCUCAGCAGAGGCCCGCCAGCGCCUAACAAGCGGAGUAAUUCCGGACCCCAACGAGGUCAGCCGACCAUACGACACGUCCCUCCUGCCGAACGGAAGCUGGUCCUUCUCCAGUUUCAACGGCACCUACAUGAGUCACCUUCCGGCCUAUCUCCAGUCCUCCAGGCAGUCAAUCCUGUCAUCAGAAAUGUCGGACAAUCGCGCCAUUUGCAGCCGCAUCCCAUCCCUCGAGAGCAGCUCCUCAGCCGUUGGUUCCCCACGUGAUACGUACGACAUCUACAGGGACAGGCUCUACGACGAGGAGCACUCGCCCACACUACCCUCCAAAAUCUACAGACCACCCGACAUUAUAUUCGGCUCGAGCUCAUCCCCAAGAUUAUCACCGAGUUACGCCGACGGUACCGACGUCGCUGGCAUUGAUCAAAGAACACCAACCAGGACAUCACCGAGUCUCGAGGCAACGGUUUUACCUCUUCCCCAUCAAACGAACAGUCAUAAAAAAGCCAAAAAACCAUUCACUAUUGAGAAUAUUAUUGCACCUGACGAUGAGCAUGAGAAUAUUGGUAGGAAUAGUGAGACUGCUUUGUUGAUACCAAGACCACUGUACGCUGGUUACUCAAUGACUGCCUCCAGGCCGUACGAAACUGCAACCUGAAGAUAAAUCUUGUUGGCUAUCACUGGUCAAUCGCAAUAUUUCAUACUGUUUCAUGCUGUUUCCCUCGAUUUGUUGCUAAAGUUUUUGUGCUCUGGCUACGUUUCAUCGAUCGAUAUUUUUUCCUUCUUGUCGACUGCUAAACGCGAAUAAAGUCGGUGGUUCAUAGCACAUCUACAAUUAAUGGGGUUAGACGGAGAAGAGAAAAUAUUGUACGUAAUGAUGGGGGGAGAGUGAAACGAGGGGUUUUCGAAUUGUUGGAGUGUUUUGAUGGAGACAUAGGCAGAUGCUAUGUAGUCUGCGGCCGGCGUAGUGGCUUCAACAGGAAAGUUUAAAUGCGAAUGAGAAAAAAGAAGAAAGAAUGUAUAUCGGUGCAAUGUAGGAAAGCGUAGGUUUGAAUAAUCUGUAUCCCAGUGAUAAUACGAUGAUUUGAAUUGUACUGUCGAAAGUAUUUCGACGAAUGUAUUUUUUUUUUGUCGCUCUUCUCCGUAAUCGUGAUCCAACAUGCUGGUCAGCAUCGCAUGGGGGGUUUGGAGAGGAAGUGAGUAAUGGAAACAGGAAAAGUAUUUGUAAAUGUAUUAAGA